CUCUGGUCAACGGCGGUGCAAUACCUGUCGCAGUUCCUGCUGAAUCGGCUGCAGUUCAGCGUUCGCAAUGUGCACAUCGUUUUCAGGGGUCGUCAGGGUGGCAUGGACUUCGCUGCUGGCGUGGCGCUGGACAGCCUGAGCACGGUUCCGGAGCCCAAACCGCCCAAAUCGGUGCUAGCACGAUUGUACGGCGCAACGCUGGGACGACAAGCGCAUGCAAAGCUUGCGGCACACAUCUCGGUACGGGGCCUCAGUGUCUACUGGCGCGCGCCUCGAUCCGGCACUUCACGCCAAGCCUCGCAACCCCACCCCCAUCAAGUGUCCGUCUCACUAGCUCAACUGCAACCGGAGGACUACCUGGUCCGCCCUCUAGACACGCUCCUUCGCAUCAGUGUGGUCGCUGGUGGCGUGGCGGUAGCACACGCAGGGGCCCUGCAGCAGCAGCAUCAGCAGCAUGGGGCGCCAUCUGGUGCCUUACCUGCUAGCGGCGGAGACGCUGGCGGCAGCGGCGGUGGCCACCACCGCCUCCGCCCGUCCCACCACCACCGUCAUCAUCACAACCAGCAGCAACAGCAGCAGCCUGUAAGCGGCGUCGGAGCCACUGGUGCAGCAGCAGCCGCCGCGGCGGCGGCGGUGUCCUCGGCAGGCACGCAUGUGGAAGUCAUUGCGGGUACGGAAGCCGUGCAGAUCCAGAUCCGACCGGAGCAGCUGCAAAGCAUGGUUCAGUUGGCAGAUGAUCUAGCGGUUUGGACCAAACGCAACCGCUACGGCAGGUUCCGGCCGCCAGGGUGGUGUACGAUAGCGCAGCGGCUGCAACGAGCGCGUGAGCAUUCCGUCGCCGCCUCCGUCGCCUCGACGACGGCGGCGGCCACGGGAUCGGUCACAGUGGGCGGUAGCGCUGUCCAUGGCAUGGGGCCAAAUGGGAUGCCCGCGCUUCACCGCUCGUCUUCCGAUCCCGGCCGGCUCCAUAAGGGUGCAAGUGGGCUGGGGGCAUCGCAGCAAGGAGCGCAUGAGGAGAACGCGGGGAGGCGGGGGCAUCGGCAUGCCUCAACGCUGUUCACUGGGUCUCCGGAGGAGUGUUACGGGCAGCUCGUGGACCCCUCAUCAUCUUCGCUAGAUAACCAGAGUGGCGGGACAGCAGCUCCUGCCGACGAGGAGGCGGGUGGUACCGCACGGCGAUCGAGCAGCAGCGGCGGCAACAGCGAUAGCGACGGGCAACGGCGAGUCUACGACAGUACUCUUGCCACUACCACCGCUGCUGCAGCAGCGAGCGACGCUACCGCUACCGCUACCAGAUCAGCGCCCGGUAAAUGGACCCUCGUCUGGCGUUACGCCGUACGAGCCGUACUGCACGACAUUCGCGAACGCCGUGGCACGCAUUCCCUACGAGACUAUCUACGCUACAAGCGCCAAUACACGCGCCUGCACCGUCGAAAGCUGGAACACCUGCGACAGUCGGAAUCCGCAAGCGGCGCUCGCGGCGCUUCUAUCUGUCCCGUUACCGCCGCCGCCACAGCCGCCGCUGGCGCCAUUUCCUCCGCCCCGCCGCUGAGUGAUGCCGAACAGGUGGAACUUCAACGUCUGGAAGCCGAUCUGGCCGUUUCCGACAUCCUCACAUUCCGGCAGUUGACGGAGCGGGCGUUAGAGGAGGAGCACGAGCGGGAACGGGAGCGCGGGCGUGCGGCGCAGGGCGACAGCAGCGCGCCGACGGAGCACCGCAGCUGGCUGGCGUGGGGACUGUCGGGCGUGUCAGGGUUCUUUUUGUACGGCGGCGGAGCCAAGGCGGCGGCGCCGCAGGUGCCGCCUGCACUGCUAACGGAGGCGGAGCUAGCGGAGCUGUAUCAGUUGCUGCAGGGCACGUCGUUGCAAGCGGUGGUGGCGGCGGGAGCACCGCAGGAGAUGUCGCUUGCAGGAGGGCACCAUCCGCAUCACCAUCACCAUCAUCACCAGCACCACCAGCAGCAGCAGUUGCUGCAACACCGCGGCAGUGUAUCGGGCGCCGCCGGGUCUGCUUCCGCUGCGCCCGCUACAACAGGCAUGCCGCUACUGGUGCAACUGCGCUUUCUGCAUGUGACUUUGGACGUCAAGGGGCCAAGCGGCAGCGGGAUGCCCAACAGCAAGGUCGGAGGCAGUUGGGGAGGUGCUGCUACUGCUGGCGCGGCGCCAGCACCGCCGGCGCCAGCAGCCGCACCAACGCUGUUAUCCUUGGGUCUGGGCUCGGUUGCCGUGGCUGUGGAGUCAGACGGCACGCACGCUGCCGUACAGUCGUCCAUCGGCACGAUCCAUAUGUACGACAUGUGCACCGACCCAGGGGUCGCGGAGUGCAUUCUCAUGCAGGCGGAGCUAGAUCCCGAUUACAGCGGUGCACAUGCAGCCGGCGUGGGUUCUGCGGCGAAUGGCGGUGCUGCAGCAGCAGCAGCUAGCGGUGUGGCGGGUGGCAGCAGCUCGCCUGGCGCUGACGCGUCGAUUCGGCAUCGCCGGCGAACGACCCAUGGGUCAUGGGCUUCCCUGAGCCAGCUGCUCGCGGUCACGUCCCGGUCCUCAGGUCUGCACGCCUCCAUGAGCACAGACAGCCUGGAUGCGGAUGUUGGGCACUGGGCCAUGGGAGCUUCACAAACACAUGCCGUACAGUCGAUGGCGGCAGGGGAAGCAUGGCACUGCGGGUCACCCGUGGUGGUUCUGAGCAAGGCGGCUGCAGGAUGUGAUGCUGACGGUGAAAGCGGCCUGUUGGACGUGCACGUUAGGCCGCUACGGCUGUUAUACCGCCCGCAGUGUUUCGCUGCGGUUGCCGCCGCGAUGGCUGUGGAUUCGACAGCAUCCCUGGAGCAUCACACGAUGCAUGCGGUCGCGGCGUUUGCAUGCCGUGAUGCACGGUUGCUGGCGCGGCUACAGCACUUGGGUUGUACGGCGCCUUCUCAGCGCUUGCGGAUUCAGGUUGAGGGGUUGGAGGUGGUCAUGCCGGCCGAAGGCGGCCAGGAGCAACCCACAGGGACGGCGGCAGCGGCGGCGUCUAGCAGCCGCAUGGGGAGCGCAGGAAGCGCCAGCAACACCAGGCCAGCAGUUACACCCGGCCAUUUGACAAUUGCCUUGUACGACGUUCAACUGUCAUCCCUCGCGGAGCCGUCGCCUAGCACGACGCCGGCAUCAUUGUCGCCGCCACUGUCGCCGCCGCUUGCUGUACGGCAUAGUGAGGUUCCUCCGCCAGCGGCGGCGGCAGCGGCUUCAGCGGCGGCAGCAGCAGACGUUUUGGCAGCUCCCUCAAUCUCAAUCGGCAUCCUACGCCGCCUGGAGCAUCUGCUACAGCGGCGAUUACAUCCCAGUAGUACGGCAGCGGAUCUGGCGGCUGUAGCGGCGGAGGCCUCGACGGCAAGCGCCGCCGCCGCUGCCGCCGCCGCAGUAGCCGAGGGCGCACCGGGCUCUCCUGCCACCGCCAUCACCACCAUUACCACCACCACUACCAUGUCCUCCUCCUCUACACUCUCCCUCGGCAUGCCUUGCUCAGUUGAUGGCAUUGAGCGGUUGGUGCUGUACGAUCACAUGCGGUUUGCGGUUGGUGCCGUGCACGUGUCGUACCAGUUGCCUGCCGUACAGUCUACCGCGUCUCAGCAUACGGCUGCUGCCGCUGCUACUGCCGCGGCGACGGCGCCAGGCUACACUUCCUAUGGCGCCCCAGGUAGCCAGGGCCGGCAGCCGACGACUUACCAGCGGGCAGCAGCAGCACCCGUGUCCGAGCGGGGUUGGCACUCGCAGUCGGGAUGCAGCCAGGACCAGCCAAAGGGGGGCUGCAAGCUGCUGCUACCACCCUCCUUGCGCCUGCAUGGCGUGCUCAGUCGCAGUCGGCUGCCGCAGGAUGCCGACGUGCCGGCCACGGCGAUUAGGUUGGGGCUCAGCGGCUUGUCGUGCCGGCUGCACUCGUCCCAGGUUGCUGACAUCCAACAGCUCAUCAGCGCGCUGUCACCAUCAUCCGCACCGGCCGCCCAAGCUCCUCUAAGCAACGGCUCCCCAGUCGGCGCCGCCGCGACCGCCUCGCCUGCCACCACGCCCUCCAUGCCGCCUCCCAUGCCGUUCCGUAUCUCUAUGGAUUCCCCAUCCAACGGCAUCUCCCCGGCAGGGGCCCAUGCAGGUCCCGGCACACAUCAGCGCAGCGCUGCAGCCUCGGCGCCGCCGACGCCGUCGAAUGCGACGGCGGCGGCAGCGGCAGCCGGGGCGGCGGCGCCUCCGGCAAGCGCCAGCACUGGCUUGCGUCGUGGCUUCAGCCUAAGCCUUAGCCGGGCGGCUCGACGAGCCAGCUGUGGAGGUGGAGGUGCGGCAACAGGCGGCGAGGGCAGCGGCGCAGCUGGUGUCUCUGCUGCUCCCGUUGAAAGGACGCGGUCCGGGACGUUGAUGGCAGCAGCCGGCUUAUCGAAUGAGGCCGCCGCCGGCAACGCUGAUGACGACGGAGUCCAAUCGGCGGCUCCGGUGCUAUCCGCGCCGCCGCCGCCGCCGCCGCGCUCCCGCUUCUUCUUGUUGAGCCAGACCUCAGCGCCGGCAGGAGGAAGCAGCGCCUUUGCCCGAGUGCAGGAACGUGAUGAAGACGCUGGCGAGCGCGACAAUGCACAGCCGCAGCAGCAGGAGCAACAGCAGGAUGAGCAACGCAACGUGGCAGGGGCACCACCGGCUGCCGCUGAGGCUUCAAGCCUGCUGCGACUGCCGCUGCUCCCGCAGACCACAGGCGUGCAGCUUUUCGUGGAGCCGUUUGAGAUUACCUACGUCCUCGAUCACACGGAAGACGGUGGUGCGCUGGCUACCGACGGCUGCGGCGGUGCCGCCGAAGCCUGCAUGGGCGAGACAGCUGCCACCAACAGCGAACGGAGUGGCCGCGGCGGUGGUGGUUGUCGUACCAUUUGCAUCCGUACUGCGCACCGGGCUGACCUAACCCUAUCCACCUGCUCUGACGGCUCUGCAACCCAACGCAUGCAGCUGUCGGUGAGCCUCCGGGGCUUGAGUGUGCAGACCGGUGACGCCUGCGACGGUAGCACAGGUGGCGGCAGCGGAGGAGGAGCCAGCUUCCUGCUUGCCUUACCGCACAUCGUCUCAGCCACGUCGAUUACGGCUAGCCUUGCGAAGACGCACACGGGCAGUGUCAGCGUUUGCGGCGCUGUGUCCGGCUUGCGGCUGCUGGGACCCGUCAGUCAUCCAGGCCACUUUGUGCUGUCGAAUGGAGCGGACCGGGAUGAGGCGGGCGUUGCGGUUCGGUACUGGUCUGCAGGCGCUGAACCGCCGCCGGAUCCUGCGACGGCGGCGGCGGAAGCGGCGGCGUAUGUGGCGGCAGGCUGGUGGCAGCGUGCCGCGCACCCGCAGAGUCGUCAGGGCUACCAGCGCCGCGGCGGUGACGGCGGUGCAGACGUGACGGCGGCGGCUGCAGGUGACCGAGUAGCUGCAGCAGGAGAAGCUGCGGCAGCAGCAUUUAAGGCCGCAGGUGGAAGCAGCGGUAGCGGUAGCGGUGGCUUGGAGCUGCGCGUCUCUGAUGUCGCCUUGGGGAUGGGGCUGCUGGUUUCCCUGGCAGGAGGAGGCGGCUCGGGUGGCGCAGACGAGCGAGCCGAAAAGCAGCCCCGGCCACGGUCACAGUCACAGUCACAAAGCCAGCGGCCCAGGGAAAGCGAUCCGGCUGCUCCUGACGGUGCUAGGCAGACUGGACUGCCUUCACCCGCCAGUGCUAGCAGCUCAGGAAGCGGAGGAGGAGCCGAAGCAGCGCAUUCAGAACCAGCAGCAGCAGCAACAGCUGCCGAUACGCCAGCGACGCCGCCGCCGCUGCAGCUUUCCGUAGCGCUACACAACUGCGCCAUACUGGCUGUGGCUCCCAGCCGCACACCCUUCGCCACGGCGUCGGGUGCGGGACACCUAGCCUGCCAUGCAUUGCUUAGCCUGGAGCACCUCAGCCUUAACUCUGAACAGCAAGGCGCGCAUGAUGACGGAAAGCGCCAACAGCAGCCGCAGCACAUGCAGCGAACAUCGCCACGAGGGGUCAACAGGAGCAGCAUCCAUGCUAAUGGUGCUGAUGGUGCUGCUGCUCCUACUGCUGCCGAGGGUGAUGCGGCUGCUGAGGAGGAGGAGGUCGCUGAAGUGCUCCGCAGCGUCGUUCCUGCUGCGCCUGGCUACGCUGGAGUCCUGCGGGGCUUGUUGCUCUACAUGGCGGAUAACCCCGACUCCGCCUACCUCUCACCUGUGCUGCUGCUGCCUGAGCUUCGCGCACGAUACAGUCCAGCGGCUGCUGCAGGCGCGGGCCGAGGCACAGCGCGGACGUCAGUGGUUGGGAGCGAGAAGGAUGCGGGCGUUGGGCUGGGAUUGGGCGGUGCAGAGGAGGCGUCGGUAGACGACGUGGACGGUGCGGCAGGUACGGCUGAGCCGCAGCAACAGCGGCAGCGGCAGCAGGCCAUGUCAUUAUCGGUGGAGCUGGCGCGUUUGGAGGCGUGCCUGCAGCCCCAGCAAGCAGGGGUGAUCUGCGCGCUUCUGUCAGACCUGUCUCCGGACCAGUCACGGGAAGCAACGCCACCGCUGCAGCAGCCACUGCAGCAACAGCCUAGGGGCGGAUACGCAUCGCCGCUUCCGUCGCCAGUUCACAUGUCAGGUGUCGCGGGGCCUUCGAACGGCGCUGCCAUGCAUGGUGUCCCGGUCGACGGCCGUGAAGACGACGACGAGGGCGUUCGCAGCACCAGCGACGACGAGGAGGCCGGGAUCUUCGGUCUGCCACGCCUAUCGGUCUCCGUCGACUUGGGUUUGCUAACGGCUUUGCUAGGGAGCGACACGUUGAGCGAAGAGGCGACGGCGCUGUACUGGCGUGACGUAAGCCUGUCGUACGAUUACGCCCGCCGCGACGUCACAUGUGGUUUAUCAUGGCAGGAGUUGACGCUGGCAAGCGUGGGCGCAAGGCUGGAUCCAGGCCAGCUUGCUGGGCAGGUCAAAAACGGCCGUCAGCCGCCAGCGGAAGGGCUGGCUACUGCGAC